UUGCUCUGUAAACUUGGCACUGCAGCAAGCUGAUGACACAUCUCCCGUAGCAAAGCAUAAGCGGCGUCAUUCUAUCCUUCUUUUGGGCAGGCAAGUAACAGCAGGUAGGAGUGGUGCUGGUGUGCAGUUAUACUGACAGGGGUGUUUGCGUUACAGGGCCAUUACACAGCCAGGACCGUAACAAAGCAAUAAAUAGCAAUGAUCCUGCUACAAAAGAAAAGCAAUUGUUCCACAGCUUAGGAAGAGAUGCCCUCUACUUGAUGGCUGUUACAUAAUUAUCCACUACGGGAUUUAGCAUCUGAUAAAUGUCAGACAGGAUAAUGGAGUGAAGUGGAUCCCUCAGUUGACUCCAGCAACCCCUGUGAUUUCUCCACUUCAAUAGAGGUGUCUGCCUUGUCUGCAAGUGUGCAGUUCCCAGAGAUAACUAUAGGGAAGGAUGUGUGCUGUAAGUUUGGGGAUGAUACACAAUAUUCUUCAUGUGAAAUGAAGAGGCUGAAUCCCUGCUUUAAAUUAAACAAAGUAAGAAACAAUGCACCCUUAACUAUGUAGCCUCUUCCAGUAGGUCCAUAACAGUUACCCAGCCCACAGUCCCUGGGAGUCUUCAGCAGGGUGUGUGAAGGCACUUAGCUUAACUUCCCUUAUUCCCCGAAUUUCAUUUGUGAUCUUCCGCUAACAUCGCUGUUCAGUCCAGUCUAUAAAAGCCCCUUUUGGAGCGUUUGCAGUCUCAGAGCUGAAAAUUCAGCAGCUGUAUUCCCAUCGCAGCCUGUGCUCUCCCUGUCAUCAUGAAGGUUUCCUUCACCCUCUGCAUCCUCUUGGCUUUCAUAGAUGCAGGGAGCUCUCUUCAGUGUGAGGUUUGCCAUGAAAUAGGGGAGAGCUGUUCCGGCCCCAUGGAAACCUGCGAUCCUGGCAAAGAUACCUGUGGCAUCGUAAAGCACGAAGCUGUACAAGAAUCAAAGAGGAUUGUGAUAACCCAAAAGUCCUGCCUGCACUCCAACAGUUGCCGAACAGACCCCAUUAGUGUGAACUUUGGGAAUGGACGAACACAAAGGAGUGGAAUCACCUGCUGUGUGGGAGAAGCCUGUAAAACAGCAUCUGACCCAUUGCCACCAAUGAACACCGUGCCCAAUGGCCUGCAGUGCCCAGCAUGCUACACUGAGAAUUCUUACCAGUGCAGUGAAGACAUUGUGCGUUGUACCGGAGCCCAGACCCAGUGUCUUGAUAUGGCUGGGAAAAUAACCAUUGGCAUACUACCCCUAAAAACUGCAAGGAAGGGCUGCACCACCGAGUCUGAGUGCACUGCUCCAAAAGGGGAGAAAGGGUUCAAUGUGGACCUUGUGAGGUUUGAGUGCAAACCAGCCUCCAGCAGAGGCCACAAGGCUCUUGGAUUUGCCCCUCGCAUCGCCGCCCUCCUCCUUCCACCUCUGUCAAGGCUUAUCUUGGUGCAGCUGCUUUCUUGAUCUUCCCUGCAGGUCUUGGGACACAUGCCCACAGUUGCUGUGCUGAAGCCACUCUAUCUGCUGCUUGCACAUGGCACUUUCUGCA